CUCUCCCACUCCCAUAAAUGCAGUGACAGUUGCAUUCUGUGUGUGCAUGCAUGUGUGAUAGAGAUAGUGGAAAUAGAAAGUGAGAGAGGGAGGGAGAGUAAAGGAGCAAAGGGGAAUGCUUGCCACUGAGGGGCAGGGAAAAGGAAUAAGGAAAUUGAAGUAGCCGCCGUAUGCUGUGGAUUUUUAUGAAUAUCUUGAUUGAAGUGAAUAUUCUUUUUGGGGAAAAAAGAUGGGAAGCUCGCAUUUUCUGAACAAAGGCUUGCCUUUAGCGAAUGACGGUGAUGAGGGCCUGUACGGGUGUUUGGAGUAUAUCGUUCCCGUCCAACUCAUUAAAGAAAGAUUCUUCGUCUAAUUCGAGGCAUUCGACCGCCUAUCAUGAAUGGGACCAUGAACCCACGGCCCCUGGUGGCCCUGCUGGAUGGGCGUGACUGCACCAUAGAGAUGCCAAUCCUGAAAGACGUGGCCACUGUGGCCUUCUGUGAUGCCCAGUCCACCCAGGAGAUCCAUGAGAAGGUACUGAACGAGGCUGUAGGAGCUCUGAUGUACCACACCAUUACGCUAAUGAGGGAGGACCUGGAGAAAUUCAAGGGACUUCGGAUCAUCGUCCGCAUAGGCAGCGGCUUCGACAAUAUCGACAUCAAGUCGGCUGGAGAUUUAGGGAUAGCAGUGUGUAACAUGCCAGCAGCGUCGGUGGAGGAGACAGCGGACUCCACACUGUGUCACAUCCUGAACUUGUACCGACGAACCACGUGGCUUCACCAGGCACUGCGCGAGGGCACCAGGGUACAGAGCGUGGAGCAGAUCAGAGAGGUGGCGUCCGGUGCGGCGCGGAUCCGCGGGGAGACACUUGGCAUCAUCGGCCUCGGCCGUGUUGGCCAGGGUGUAGCACUCAGAGCCAAAGCGUUUGGGUUCAAUGUGAUCUUCUAUGACCCAUACCUGUCUGACGGGGUGGAGCGAGCCCUGGGCCUGCAGCGUGUAAACACCCUCCAGGACCUGCUUUUCCACAGCGACUGUGUCACCCUCCACUGCAGCCUCAAUGAGCACAACCACCACCUCAUCAAUGACUUCACCAUCAAACAGAUGCGCCAGGGUGUGUUCCUGGUUAACACGGCCCGAGGGGGGCUCGUGGAUGAGAAGGCCCUUGCACAGGCCCUGAAAGAGGGGAGGAUACGAGGGGCAGCCCUGGACGUCCACGAGACAGAGCCCUUCGGCUUCAGCCAGGGACUUCUGAAAGAUGCUCCUAACCUGAUAUGUACUCCCCACGCUGCCUGGUACAGCGAACAGGCUUCUAUUGAGAUGAGAGAGGAGGCAGCCCGGGAGAUCCGACGAGCCAUUUCAGGUCGUAUUCCAGACGGCCUAAAGAACUGUGUGAAUAAAGAGUUCCUGUCCCAGACUACUCACUUGGUCAAUAUGGACCCUGCUGUCAUUCAUCCUGAGCUCAAUGGGCCCUACAGGUACCCUCCUGGUGUUAUGAGUUUGGCCUCUGGGGGGCUCCCUCCACCUAUAGAGGGAAUCGUUCCUAAUGCCGUGCCCAUAACACACAGCCUGCCCAGCGUCGCCCACCCCUCUCACGCCCCUUCGUCGGGCCAGCCAGGCAAAGCAGAGUCAGACAGAGAGCAGCACACCAAUGACCAGUUGUUGUAGCCCUGCCCCACAGAGCUCUCUGUCCAACCAAAAUAACUCUACUGGUCUUCAUUUGUUGGAAAAGGAAUGGAGUUGAAGCCUCAUAGGUUUCAAACAGCUGCCAUGAAACAGACAGACUCACAGAGGUCUAUUACAGUUAAUCUGGUCCAACCAUAGUGGUAAUCUUUUUCAAACAUUUUUUUUUUCAGAAAAAAAUAAUAAUAAUGUGGAUUUAGAAAGAGAAAAUACAAAUAUCUUUUAAAGAGAAUCCUGCUGUUUAGACUGUAGUUUGACCUAGUAAAGUGGGCGAAUAUCUGUUUCUGUGUCCUAUGGGUUCAUCGUUAAAGCAGAAGUAGUUGAUUAUAACAUGAAUAACCUGUUUGUGUACAGUUUUUAGAACUAUGGAAACAAUAUUUAUAUUGCAGUCUAAUAGAAAAGGGUGAAAACUAACCAACUGAUUUUUAAAAGUUAUAUAUUCCCCAACAAGCCCCCAAAGAGGAAGCUUUUGCACAACUUCUCAGGAAAUUUAAUUUCUCUGGUUAUUUUCCAUUUAUGACAGAUAGUGCUUUCUUUUUCUACCUGCCUGCCUGUUUGGUUUAUAUUAGCAAACAUACUAACCCAUAAGAGUCUAAGCCGGGGGAGGAGGUGGGUUCUACUAAGCUAUAUGGAAUUGUUUUAAGAAGGUCACACCAAAGAUAAUUUAGCUAUUUGAUUUAGAAUUUUAAGACCCCUUCAAGUAUCAACAAAAAAUUUGAUUUAAAAAAAGAAAAUAAUUUUAAGACAAACUUCCUUUAGAUUUUUUGUGGGGGGACUAUCUGUUCCAUCUGUUAUUCGAUGCGUUUGUAUGGACUAAUAAGCAGUAAGGCUAAAUAAAAAUUGUAGGUAUCAAAAAAUAUAUAUUUGAUGUAAAAAAUGUAUUUCGCCUUACUUCUAUUAGCCCAUACAAAUGCAUUGAUUAACAACAGAUGCACUACAUGCAAAGACAGUCACCCCCCAAAGAAUCUAAAGAAAGUGUCUGCCAUAUACAUGAGGCCUGCGAGUCUUCUGAGGCCUGUGAGCAAAACAACUGACAUACUGAUGUACAGUACUAGUCAAAAGUUUUAGACACAUGUACUUAUUCAAUGUUUUUUCUUCAUUUUUACAUUUUCCCACAUUGUAGAAUAAUAGUGAAGACAUACAAACUAUUAAAUAACACAUUUGGAAUCAUGUAGUAACCAAAAAAGUGUUAAACUAAUCAAAAAAUAUUUUAUAUUUGAGAUUCUUCAAAGUAGCAUCCUCUCAACCAGCUUCACGAGGUAGUCACCUGGAAUGCAUUUCAAUUAACAUGUGUGCCUUGAUAAAAGUUAAUUUGUGGAAUUUCUUUCCUUCCUAA